CUGAAGCCUUGACUUGUUCUGGCGGAUGUCAUUUUUCGCAUGUAUUUUUUCAGUGUAGUUUUUACGCUUAUUGUGGAAUUAUGAAAUAUAUGACAAUCACAGUUCUUCUUAACGCAAUAACUUGCGUAUUUUGUGACUGUGGCAGCCUGCCCGUCGUGGAGAAUUCAUCCAACAAUGCCGCAGUGCAAGGCACAUACCCAGUCGACUAUGCUGUCCGCUUCACGUGUAAUGUGGGACAUAAGCCGGACGGGAAUGUCGUGACUGAUUGCGGUGGCGGGGGCUGGCAGGGGGAACUACAUUGUCGGGAGGUCUACUGCCCAGCCAUUACCGCACCAGACAACGGCAGGAUUUUAGGUGCCCCGUCGUACAAAGUUGGUAGCUAUAUAACUUUCGAGUGCAAUGAGGGUUAUGAAUUAAAAGGUACCAGCCUAUUACUCUGCCGCACUGACUUACAAUUUGACAAAUCGCCUCCAGUAUGCGAAGUGAAAAUGUGUCCAGAAUUUGAGUCCGUUGAAAAUGGCACGACUUUUCAAGAACCUGAUGGAGGUAUAGAACAUGACUACGGAAGUGUGAUUGAAGUCACCUGUAACUCAGGCUACAUCCUUCAUGGUACCUCUCAUGUGACGUGCCAGGGGAAUGGGAUUUGGAGCAAAAAACCAAUGUGUAAGGGAAUCUCUUGCCCAUUAUUCAACGGUACGAGCUCAAACUGUGCAGAAAAAUUCGUACUCUACGGAACAUUGUAUUACAUGACCUGCAGUAAUGAUCCUAACACAAGAGUUGCGGGGUCGACUGAAGAUGAGCCGAACGUUUGUCAGGAUGAUGGAUCAUGGAAGUUCAAUGAGUUUGCCUGCUACUGCAGCUGCGACCUGACCGGUUACGACAAUAAUAUCAUGGAAUUAAGCAACCUUACGCACGGAUACGUGCCCCACGGGGAGGUCCUGCAGUGGUCGUGUAUCAACGGCUGCACCAAAAACACAACGGAAGACCUUAAGUGUGUGGACGGAGAAAUGACCAUGCCAAAAUGUAACUGUCCCUUCACCAAUAUGACACCAGCCUCCGCCUUUCACGUGUGGGCUUUCGUCCUCAUUGUUGUAAUAGGGGUCAUUGGAAUCUAGUGCAUUGGGAAAGGUGCUUAUUAAAAGUUUGUUUAAUAAAAACACCAUUAAGAUGGUGAUACUGAUAAAGCGUUAAAAUAUUAACACAUGCUAAGAUUAUUAGACGAGUCUAAAGGAGCACCUUAGUUAACAGAUUCAAAAGGUGUUUACAUGCAUGAUGAUGAUUGCAAUAUAUGUUUUGUCUUGAAGGCUGUAGUUGAUAUUUAGACCACUGUGCCCACAACUGUUUACCAGACUGUGAUAAUUUUACUAAUGCUAAAACUAAUAUAACACUCUACCAAACCAGACUGAACAUGAGGAAAAAAUUAAAAUACAAGUUGAAUAUUAGUAAGUAUGUUUCCAUGCUCAAUACAUUCGAUUUGUCCUUCAGUUUUAUUCAGCAAAGCUCAGGUCUGGGGGUCGUAUAAGCAUAAAAUGUAUGCCCUUUUUAUUCAGAUUUCAUUUCAUUCUGUCCUCAUGGGUUCUAGUCAUAAAGCUUCCUAGUGGAAAUGUUCAAACUAGUGGAAAUAAAAUAUUUUUGAUAAUGAAUAUUUUAAAUACCCCCUUUUUCAUAAGAUGUAUUCAAAUGCAUUUAUCAUUUGGAACCUUUUCUUGCUUAUUUUGAUAUUUUUGUUGAACAAACAUUGUAAAUUUUCUUUAAAUUAUCUAAGAAAAAGGCGAGUUCCAAUUAGUUGAAAUAUUUCAUAAGAGUACCUUAUAAAUAUGGCCCCAGAUGCCUGCUUUUAAAAACAACAAUUUUCAAAAUAAACUGCAAUGUAAUUUUCCUCCAGAUAAAUUCCUAAAUGGCAUUUAGUUUAUAACAAAGCAUUUCUGUGUGACUAGUUAUCUUAGAUGUUAGAUGUGCUGUUUUCUAUGGAAUGCAAAGUCUAUAUAAACUUAAAUAUUUGAAGAUAUAUUCAAUAAAUUUGAGUACUCUUCAAAUAUGAAGAGACCUCUUCAAAUCAA